AUGGGGAGACAACAUGUGGUGUCUUCGCUUCUCAUCCUAUUAGGAUUCGGGCUUUGUUGUUAUGUGCUCACUGAAACAAAGAGAGAAGGGAGAUUGGGGGACAGGAGUUAUAUGGACCAUGAGAUGAAACGUGUACCCGGAGUCAAAGCUGGAUAUCGGUUGUUUUCUGGUGGUUACGGUGCAGGUUCAGGCAGUGGCUAUGGACAAGGGGGUGGACGAGGCUAUGGUAGUGAUAAUGGCUAUGGGCCGGGAAGUGGAGGUGGGGGCUUUGGCACUGGCAGGGGCUACGGCAGUGGCAACGGGAAUGGUGUGGGCCAAGGUGGUGGGUCUGGUGUUGGCUGGGGUGGCGGCUUUGGAGCUGGGUCUGGUGGGGGUGGUAAUGGUGGAGGAAACGGAUAUGGCUCGGGGGAUAGUGGUGGAGGAGGUGGGGGAUAUGAUCACAACAAUGUGCAUAGCACUGGUUCUGGAUCAGAAAACUGA